AUGCCUGCGAACUCAGAGCGAACUCCCUACAAGGUGAGACCUGUGGCCAUCAAGCAGCUCUCUCUUCUUUGGUUUGUAGAAAGAGAAGAACUCAUCCAGGGUGUGCUGGCCCAGGUGGCAGAGCAGUUCUCCAGAGCGUUUAAGAUCAACGAGUUGAAAGCAGAAGUUGCAAAUCACCUGGCCGUGCUGGAGAAACGGGUGGAACUGGAAGGACUUAAAGUGGUGGAGAUUGAAAAAUGCAAGAGUGACAUUAAAAAGAUGCGGGAGGAGCUGGCAGCCAGAAACAGCAGGACCAACUGUCCCUGUAAAUACAGUUUUCUGGAUAACAAGAAGUUGACACCUCGACGCAAUGUCCCCACUUACCCCAAGUACCUGCUCUCCCCAGAGACCAUCGAAGCCCUACGGAAGCCCACCUUCGAUGUCUGGCUUUGGGAACCCAACGAGAUGCUGAGCUGCUUAGAGCAUAUGUACCAUGACCUCGGCCUGGUCAGGGACUUCAACAUCAACCCCAUCACACUCCGCAGGUGGCUGCUCUGCGUGCACGACAACUACAGGAACAACCCCUUCCACAACUUCCGUCACUGCUUCUGUGUGACGCAGAUGAUGUACAGCAUGGUCUGGCUCUGUGGCCUCCAGGAGAAGUUUUCCCAGAUGGACAUCUUGGUCCUGAUGACCGCAGCCAUCUGCCAUGACCUGGACCACCCAGGGUACAACAACACGUACCAGAUCAACGCCCGCACAGAACUGGCUGUGCGCUACAACGACAUCUCGCCGCUGGAGAAUCACCACUGCGCCAUUGCCUUCCAGAUCCUGGCGAGGCCGGAAUGCAACAUCUUCUCCAACGUGCCACCAGAGGGCUUCAGGCAGAUCAGGCAGGGGAUGAUCACAUUGAUCUUGGCCACCGACAUGGCAAGGCACGCUGAAAUUAUGGAUUCUUUCAAAGAAAAGAUGGAGAACUUUGAUUACAGCAAUGAGGAGCACCUGACCCUGCUGAAGAUGAUUCUCAUAAAAUGCUGUGAUAUCUCCAACGAAGUCCGUCCCAUGGAGGUGGCAGAACCAUGGGUGGAUUGUUUACUGGAAGAAUAUUUCAUGCAGAGUGACCGCGAGAAAUCGGAAGGCCUUCCUGUGGCCCCGUUCAUGGACAGAGACAAAGUGACCAAAGCGACGGCCCAGAUUGGCUUCAUCAAGUUUGUCCUGAUCCCAAUGUUUGAAACAGUGACCAAGCUCUUUCCCAUUGUCGAGGAGACCAUGCUACGGCCACUCUGGGAGUCUCGAGAACACUAUGAGGAGCUGAAGCAGAUGGACGACGCCAUGAAGGAGUUACAGAAGAAGACAGACAGCUUGACAACUGGGGGCCCCGAAAACACCACAGAGAAGAACAGAGAUACAAAAAAGAGUGAAGGCCACUCUCCUCCAAACUGAUAUCUCAAUGUGUACACAGACUGUACUGGUUAAAGCAGCUGAGCUGUGGCCUCUGAGCAGACAGGGCUGGGGGACUUCACAGGAUCCUCCACGCAAGGACAGUCGCAAGGACAGUCACGCCCAGACGACCCCCGAUGACCUGCCACAGACCACGUUUUCUAAGAACCGUUUUGUUCACUGAUACAAAAACAGGAAUUCAUGAUGCUGUACAGAAUUUUUAUUUUUAAACUGUCUUUUAAAUAAUAUAUUCUUAUACAGAAA